UGCUCAGGUUAUUAAACAGCCGAAGCGUGUGGAGGAACAUAUUUUCUGCGUCUCGCCGAAACAAAGUCAAGCGGGUCACCUGCAGUUUCUUUGUUCUAUUGGCCGGAAUAAGCGAUACCAUGUCCGGCAGCUGGUGGAGCAGCGCCACGGUGACCCACGGGCUGAUGGCUCUGUUUGCCAUGGGCUCCUGGAUUUCCGUCAAUAGCCUGUGGGUCGAGCUCCCGGUGGUUGUCAAUGUGCUGCCCGAAGGAUGGAACCUGCCUGCCUACCUCUCAGUGCUAAUAGCAUUCGGGAACCUGGGUCCUUUAGCAGUGACCAUCACACACCACUGUGCUCCGGGACGUUUAAACGAACGCCUGGUCAUCCACUGCAUUCAGUUGCUGGCAGUGGUGGCGUCUGCUUUUCUGGCGGUGUUCUGGUCACAUACUGUUACAAUAGCAGGAGAGAAAAGGUCACUACUGUUCCUGCUCUUCACCUUUGUGUUGUCUUUGGUUAGCUGUACGUCCAACGUCACCUUUCUGCCUUUCAUGUUUCGUUACCCCCCUCAGUAUAUUCGUACUUUCUUCAUUGGUCAGGGCUUUAGUGCCUUGUUCCCUUGUAUUGCGGCCUUAGGGCAAGGUGUUGGCAAGCUGGAGUGUAAAACUGUGAAUGGCACGAUGCAGCCAGAGUAUUUAAAAGAGAGCUUUCCUGCCCAGAACUUCUUCUGGUUCUUGUUUGUCAUGCUGUCAGUCUCAGCUCUAAGCUUCCUGGCUCUGACACAAAGACAUACAGAGUCACAACAAGAGGCACAGCCACAGGAGUCUGACAAUCCAGCGGCAGCAAAGAACGGAGAGGAGACUCACCCGCUAAACAACGGAGGGACGCCGGUGUCCGAGGAGCAGGUGCCGGUGGAGGAACAGCCAUCUAUUCAGACAUUCUGGACACCACACAACACCUACCUGCUGGCACUGCUCGCAGUCUCCAAUGCCCUCACCAACGGGGUCCUACCAUCUGUGCAGAGUUUCUCCUGUCUGCCCUAUGGCACCAUGACCUUUCACCUCUCUGUGGUCCUUGGCAACAUAGCAAAUCCCCUGGCCUGCUUUCUGGCUAUGUUUGUUGUCCUCAGGUCCUCCACAGGUCUGGGGCUCUUGUCUUUAGCAGGGGGAGUAUUUGCUGCAUAUCUCCUGGCGUUAGCAGCACUCAGCCCCUGUCCACCACUCCUGGGAAACCCUGCCGGUGUGGCUUUAGUGGUCAUCUCCUGGAUUAUUUUCACGGGUCUCUUCUCAUAUCUGAAGGUGGUGAUUGGGACUUUGCUUCAUGAGGCGGGUCACGCUGCCCUGCUGUGGUGCGGUAUUUCUAUCCAGGCUGGCUCCCUUAUCGGAGCCCUCACCAUGUUCCCCCUGGUCAACAUCUAUGAUGUGUUUGCCAGAGCUCAGGAGUGUGUGGAUAACUGCAGUUAGCAGGAGUGAGAUAUGUAAUGUCUUCUGUUUUGUUUUUGUUUUUUUAAAAUUCACACAGCUCCCAUUCAUUCCCCAUGGGAGAUGACUGUUUUAACCCAGUUUUGGGGUUCCUGAGUGAAGCACCAGAUCUGUCUUGGCCUCAUUUUUCUUGAGGAUCAUUCUACCUAUGCGGCAUCCUCUCCUGACUCAGAAGCCUCUGAGCCUGUGGAAGCAAACACAUUCCCUGAUAAUGGGAGCAUUGUGUUUCUGCACAUUGACCAAGGGGAUGUAAAAUGCAUAUGAUGCAGUAAUACCACAAGUGCUUUGUGUGGUAUUUAAUAAAGAAUCUCUGUGGUUGAAGUUGUUUUUAGUGGCAAAAACAACUGCUGAUGGAUUUUUCCCACUGCAACAGAUCAUGUGAAAAGUUAUUUACUCAGGGACACAAUCAUUAACUUAUUCAGCCACAUUCAUUGCUCCUGAAGGUAAUUAAUGCGAAAGAUUCACACUGCUAGCUGCAAACCCCUCUCUACAGAGAGGGAAGCAGUGCUUAUUUUUUUUCUCAGUGACUUUUUUUUCAAAUGUCUGGCUACCUCUUCCCCUUGAUUCCAUGUAGGCAUGAAAUGUGAUUAUAUCAGGGUCAGAUAUAAAGUUCAGUGGUGCAGAAGUCAGUAUUAUGAAAAUCAUAAAUGCGGUAACUUUAAACAUACAGUGUGCCUGAGAAAUGUUGAACACGGCUUUCAUAAAAGUCUGUUUCCUUUAGACUUAAAUUUGUUUCUCUUAAUGUUUUGUACAAAUAUUUGAUGUAUUUUACUUGUUUUUAGAAAUGUAUUUUAAUAUACAGUAAUGUUGUGCUACCUUAAGGGAAAAAUAUCUGGCCACGAUGAAUAGUAAUGUUAUGAGUGAAUACUGUGGCUACACAAGGGAUUUUGUCAAUGCAAUCUUUGAAAGAAUGAUUAUGUAUAUCUUUGAUAUGCACUCCUACCUUGUAAAGUAAUUCUAUUAACAAUGCUGCUACAUCACAUCAGAUUUAUUAACUUCAUUAAACUCUUGACGUUUACAGGGGAAGAAUAUCUGUUAAUUUUGCGUCAACUUUAUGUUGGUAAUCCUGCAUUUUUCAUUUUAUCAAUUUUUCAAGUUUUGUACAGAUUUUUAAAUGGACUCCAUGUUUGAACAGUUAAGUGAUUGAUAAUUUGCUCUUCCUUUUUUUUUUCCUUACUGUUGCCUUUUUUUGGUGUUUUUUUUUAAGUGAUCGUCAUGCGUACAUCAUCAUUUGACAUUAAAUGGCUGACAUUAAAUUUGUUAUAAUACUAAACUCUGACAUUGUUAGUUUUACAUUUCACAAUGUGAUAUUAAAUUAAUUUUCAGCAUUUUGUAAUCCAUGUUUCAUGUUCUUGCCAAGCGUGUGAUAAAAGAUUGAUACCACUCUCAUGUCUGUAUGUUAAAUAUGAAGCUACGGUUUUCAGCCGUUAGCUUAGGAUAGCAUAAAGACUGUAAAUGGGGAAUCAGCUAAACUGGCUCUGUCCAAAAUAUAACAAAAUUUUACUACAGCACUCCUAAAGCUCACUAACAUGUCACUUCUCCUUUGCUUAAUCCAUUAAAAAACUGAAGUGUAACCAAAACAAGUUGCACUUUUACAAGGGCUAUUUACUAGCCAGGCUAACCGUUUCCCCUUGCUUCCAGUCUUUAUGCUAAGCUAAGCUAACUGACUGCCGCCUGCAGCCUUAUAUUUAAACGCACAUUUCAGAGAGUGGUAUCAAUCGUCUCAGCAACUCUUGGCAAUAAAGCGUGAAGUACAUUUCCCAAAAUGUCGAACUACUGCUUUAUAAGUUUGAAAAAUGAUGCCUUAUCACAUAUUGGCUGUUGGUCAUUUGGGUUUUUUCCCCCAAAUGAUUACAUGAGGUUAUAUCAGGUCUUUUUUUUUUCUAAAAAUUGAAUGGAGGAUUUCUAAGACCCUUUCCAGAGUAAAUUAACAGAUGAGAUGUGUAGUUAAGUAACUGAACGGUAUAAACACAUCACUCAUUUUCACCUCUGCUCCCAUGAUCCCCUUAAGCAGAGUUAAUGAAUUCUGUAGAUUCUUGAAUGAGUUUCAGUCAUCCACAAAUUUCUUGAGGGCAAAUAUGUUGGGGUGAUGAGGCUAACAAUCCCAACAUGUGAUAUUCAUUGAUAACCUUAAAGGUCCCGACAGUGACAGUACUUAAGGUUAAGACAGUGAUCAGUUAACCAAACGUGUCAUGGUUGGCUACAUGAUCUCACACCCACUCGCCCCAAGGAGGGUUUAAUUCCUUGGCGCACACACUGUUUACUUCACAGGACCUUGGCCUCUUUCUCUCUGCAGAAAACUUCAAACUCUCCACCAAAAAGCAUGUGAGUAUCUGCAGAGAUGCAUGCUAUCAAUUUUUAUUUUAAUAUUUGA